CUUCCGUCUUGACCAUCAUCUCCUUUUCCCACAAACACCAUAAACACAGGGCCGUACAACGGUCACCAUUGGUGCCCUCUGCAGCUGUAUUUCUCCCCGUGGGCGCGACGACCGCGCGGAUUCCUCGUUUAUUUUGAACGACCAAACAAACCGGAAUCCAGCUGGCACGCCCGACUCAGGCAGCUUGAGACCGCCAUCCGCCAUGAACGGCGCCGCGUCCAGCGCGCCCCCGCCGCGAGCCACCAAACCUGCACCAGGCCCUGCACCACCAGCGCCCGCAGCUGCGCCCCCGAACCCUCCGGUGGCUAAUGGGCACGCGCCACCGCCGCGGUCGGGCGCGAACGUUAACGGAAACCAUGCACACCCGCAUCCUCAACCCCACCCCGCUACACAGACUGCAAAUAAAGGAAAGAAAAAGAAUGAGCCACCGGUAGACCCCGCCACAAUGUAUGAGAGCCUCAAGAACCGCAUCGCGGCGCUAGAGGAGGAGGAAGUAUUGGAGGAGGAAGAGGAGCGACGGUUCGCUGAGGAAGCGCAGAAGAGUGUCAAAGGAAUGGAGGAGAACGCCAUCCAUGCGAAAUACAUCGAACUUUUCGCAGAGUUCAAGCGUAUGGAGCGAGAUCAUGCAAAGGAGAAGCAGAAGCUCGUCAAGGAUAAGGACGCAGCCAAGAGCCAGCUUUCCAAAGCCAAUCAGACGAAGACCAAGAUGGAGAACCUUGCUCGGGAGCUGCAGAAGGACAACAAGCGAUUGCGCGAAGAUGGCAAGCGCUUAGCGCAGUCGGUCGACGAUGCACAGGAGGAGCUUAUGCAAAUGAAGUCGACACUGACCAAGCGCAAUGAGCGAGUGCAAGCUCAGCAGGACAAGUACGAGACACAGCCCGACAUCGUUGUCAAAGUUGUCUGUCGCUACCGUGCCGAGCUAUUUUUCAAGAUCUCGCGCAAGACCAAGCUAUCACGCUUGUUCGGCGCCUGGACGGACCGGAUGGAGAAGGUGACCAGCGGCGUGCCGACCAUACCGAAGGCACCUGCCAAGGAGCCGUUCGCUAGCAAGCAGGUGGACAAGGGUGGCGAGAGGCCGGAGCGCAGCGACGUGCAGUUCAUCUUCACGCAUGCGGGCCGCGAACUACAUGCGAAUCAGUCGCCGGAGGACGCGGGGAUGGAGGAUGGGGAUGAGAUCCUUGCCGUCGAGAUCAUGGACCUCACGGAGAACAUUCCUGCUGAUGAUGGUCCUGACUCUGCGCAAGAGCCUAGUAUCCUUCACAGGCAGCUUCUGCGCAAGAACUGGUCCACUGAUCCUCAGGAGGCCAGACGUACGCUUGAAGAUAUCUUCGACAGCGUUGUCCGAGAACGCUUGAAGGAGGUCCUCAGGCAAUAUGAGCUGCGCGAGAGACAUUUCGAAUGUGUUAUGCGUUCGAAAGAGCUUGAGGUGCUGCUGUCUCGAGCGCGAGCAUCUGAACAGAAGCAGCUGCUCGAUUCAGAGAAGGCGCAUUGGGCGAAGGUUGAGGAAGAUAACGCCUUGCUCCGAAAAGAACUCGAAGACGCGCAGAACGGGCAGACAAUCCUCAUCGACAAGCUGAUACAGUGUUGUCAAGAGGUCGUUCGAAAGCCCAAUUCAGAACGAACACAACGAUUAUUCGCGUCGUUGCGGGAUGAGUUGGAGAAGAAGAGACCGAAGGCGCCGCGGAAGGCUUCAGUGGACAAUUCAACAGGGGGCUAGGGCUCGCUACGUCCUCUGUUGUGUAAAUUCAAUCAUUCCCAGUUCGCUUGGUUGAGCUAGCCAUUUUCUGUCGUUGUGGCGAGUGCUGCGCAUGAAACGGUGAGGGACGGG